AUGGAGGAAGUCUGUGAAGGAAAGGAUUUUUCCUUCCCCAAGCAGGAGGAAAAGGUUCUCUCCUACUGGUCAGAAAUCAAGGCGUUCGAAACUCAAUUGUCCCGCACGGAAUCCCUUCCGGAAUACGUUUUCUACGACGGUCCUCCCUUCGCCACCGGCCUUCCUCACUACGGCCACAUCCUUGCCGGAACCAUUAAAGAUAUCGUGACUCGCUACCAGACCUCGACCGGCCACCACGUCACGCGUAGGUUUGGGUGGGACUGUCACGGCCUGCCGGUCGAGAAUGAGAUCGACAGGAAGCUGGGGAUCAAGAGAAGGGAUGAGGUUCUGAAAAUGGGGAUUGAUAAGUACAAUGAGGAGUGCAGGAGCAUUGUGACUCGUUAUGUUGAGGAGUGGGAGAAGGUUAUCACGAGGACUGGGCGUUGGAUUGAUUUUAAGAAUGAUUACAAGACCAUGGAUUUGAAGUUCAUGGAGAGUGUUUGGUGGGUUUUCUCGCAGCUUUGGGACAAAGGUCUCGUUUAUAAAGGUUUCAAGGUCAUGCCAUAUAGUACUGGUUGCAAGACUGUACUCUCGAAUUUUGAAGCUGGCCAGAAUUUUAAGGAUGUACCCGAUCCAGAGAUCAUGGUAGCUUUUCCUGUUGGGGGUGAUCCUGAUAAUGCGGCCUUUGUGGCUUGGACGACUACACCGUGGACUCUCCCUAGUAAUCUUGCCCUUUGCGUCAAUCCUACCUUUGAUUAUGUUAAGGUCCGCAGCAAGUAUACUGGUAAAGUGUAUGUAAUUGCGGAAUGCCUCUUAUCCUCCAUUCCCGUCGAGAAGCCAAAAUCAAGUGAUUCAAGGACAUCGAGCUCCAAGACAAAGGGUGCAAAGACGGAAAAGCCGAUGGAUUCAUAUGAAUUGCUACAGAAAUUUAAGGGCAGUGAACUUGUAAAUAAAAAGUACGAACCACUGUUCAAUUAUUUCCAGGAGUUUUCUGACGCAGCAUUCAGAGUUGUGGCUGAUAAUUAUGUGACAUCUGACCGCGGAACUGGAAUUGUUCAUUGUGCGCCUGCAUUUGGAGAAGAUGAUUACCGAGUUUGUAUUGAGAAUAAAAUAAUCAAUAAGGGCGAGAAUUUGGUUGUCGCUGUUGAUGAUGAUGGUUGCUUUACUGAGAGGAUUACUGAUUUCAGUGGGCGCUAUGUUAAGGAUGCUGACAAAGAUAUCAUCGAGGCAGUGAAGGGAAAGGGUAGGCUAGUAAAAACUGGAAGCUUUAUGCACAGCUACCCUUUCUGUUGGAGGUCUGGCACCCCGCUUCUUUAUAGAGCUGUUCCAAGCUGGUUUGUUAGAGUGGAAAAGCUGAAAGACCAACUGUUGGAAAACAACAGUCAGACAUAUUGGGUUCCUGAUUAUGUGAAGGAUAAGCGAUUCCACAACUGGUUAGAAAAUGCACGAGACUGGGCUAUUAGUCGCAGCCGGUUUUGGGGUACUCCUCUCCCUGUAUGGAUCAGUGGGGAUGGAGAGGAAAUAGUAGUAAUUGAUUCUGUUGCCAAGCUGGAAAAACUUUCUGGUGCUAAGGUGUUUGAUCUGCACCGUCACAAGAUUGAUCACAUCACGAUCCCUUCUAGUCGUGGCCCUGAAUUUGGGGUGCUUCGGCGUGUGGACGAUGUUUUUGAUUGUUGGUUUGAGAGUGGGUCGAUGCCUUAUGCUUAUAUCCAUUAUCCCUUUGAGAAUGAAGAAUUUUUUGCAAAAAAUUUUCCUGGUCAUUUUGUUGCCGAAGGGCUAGAUCAAACUCGUGGAUGUUUGGUUCCUCCUUUUCAACUUUCAUAA